AUGAUGUUGCCUGCGCGCGGCCUCCGACUCUCGUACCUGCGCCACUUUAUCAACAGCCACGGCGGCGAGUCUAGCUUUGCUGGCAAGACGACAGCUCAAGUCUGCUUUGAGUUUGUCGUGCCAUUGACCAAACCAGGCGAGCUCUCGCUCGUCGACCACGUCGCCAACGACCCGUCGACUGCCGCCUACGUCGCGCCAGCCAACUGGUACGUCUCGCACGCCUGGCAGUACCUCUUCUUGGAGACCGUCGACAGCCUCGAGCGCUUCUUCUCCGACCGCGGUCUCGCCGACGACGCUGUCAUUUGGUUUUGCGUCUUCAACAACAACCAGCACCUCGCUGCGACGCAGUCGUUUGCGAGCUGGUCGACAACGUUCAAGGACAGCUUGGCUAUGAUCGGCAACGUGGUCAUGAUCAUGCACCCGUGGAACGACCCGAUCGUGCUUCGGCGAAGCUGGUGCGUCUUUGAGGUCUACGUGGCCGUCACCAUGGGCGCGCGCUUUGAGAUUGCACUGGCGCGAGACCAAGAAGCCACGUUUCUCAACGACAUGGCCGAAGACGGCGCCUUUCUCAAGAUGCUCGCGACGAUCAAGAGUGAAAACUCGGAGGCGACCAUCCCAAGUGACCGCGACGGUAUUUUUUCUCUCAUUCGCGCCGAGACCUCCUUCAUCGCCGUCGAUCGGCUCAUCUUUUCGACUUUAUCCAACUGGAUCAAGACGACCUUGGAAGCGUCGAUCGCGUCGGCGCCAACGUUCGCUGAGAAGGCAGCGCGCUGGCUGCAGCUCGGUCGCAUCUACAGCCGCGAGACCAAGGACGCCGAUAGCGAGCGCUGCUUUCGCCACGCGGUCGACUUGUUUACGCAAUCCAGUGGCCCGGACGCCGCCGACACGCUUGCUGCCGCGUCGCACUUAGCGUAUGCGAUCGCAUACCAGCGCAAGCCGCGGGACGAGUGGGCGCCACGCUUUACUUCGUCGCUCGCCGCACUCGAGAGUCAACUCGGUGCGACCGACGACCGAUCGCUGCGCGCGCGCGCCGACUUUGCUUCGUCGCUCGCCUGGAACGGCGACUUUGCCGCCGCGCUAAACAUGAGCAUGACGCUCUUGGACCUGCAGCGACACAUGUUUGGCCUCGGCGACUGGCGCACGGCCAGCACCAUGAGCAUGAUUGGCAUCAACCACUUCCAGCUCGGCGCCCGGCGCGUCGCGGCGCGCUGGCUCGCCAAGGCGCUCCCGAUCCAAGCAGCGUACUUUGGCGAGGACCACACGUCGACGACCCUCACCAUGUCGUUUCUUGCGGGCGCGUUCAUGUUUCUGGGCGAGCUCCAACGGGCGCUGCCGCUGGCCCAGCACCUCGUAGCCACCAGCGAACGGACCCGCGGCCCAGACAACAGCGGCACGAUGGUCGACAAGAUGAACCUCGCGAUGGUGACGCUCAUGGCCGGGCAUCUGCACGAGGCCACGGCGCAACUCACUGCGCUCGAAGCGGCGCUUAAGAGCCGCGCCGACCUCUCGCACCAUCACCGUGAAGUUUUAAAGCACUUGGCCGUUGCGCAUUGGGCCAACACCGAGUAUGACGUCGCCGCGUCAUGCUACCGCCGCAUUUUCGAGGCGACGCCCGAUAAGGAGAGUGCGUGGCUGCUGGUGGGCUUUCUACUCGACGCACCGACGACAACCGCGCAGCGAGACGAGAGUUUGCAGCGCGUGCGACAGUACAUGAUGACGAGCCGCGAUGACGCGCCCGAGUCGUGGCCCAUGAGCUGCACGGUGUGCUGCCAGCCGGUGCACGGCCGCCUCGUCAAGUGCGAUUCAUGUCCGAAAGCACUCUUUGUGUUUUGCGCGUCGUGCCUCGAGCGGCAGCCCCGCCGCGCUUUGAAGUUCUGCGCCCACGACCAAGCCGACACGGCGUAUUCGACGAUGACGCCGCCGCGUCGCUUCUUUUUCGAAGCGGACCUUGUCUCAUUGGAUGCUUCUUUUGAGGACGUCCACGGUAUCUUUCGUGCGUACGAGACGUACUGCGAUGCGCACAGCGUGCCACGUCAUGAGCGGUUGCCGCGGUCGUCGGUGCCCGUGUUGAGCCGUGCGUGGCACCCGAUGCUGUGA